ACUCCUCCAGCUUUUGAUUAUGGUGCUGGAGAGUCCCAUGGACUGCAAGAUCAUCAAACCUGAGGCUCCAAUACUUUGGCCACCUCAUGAGAAGAGAAGACUCCCUGGAAAAGACCCUGGUGUUGGGAAAGAUUGAGGGCACAAGGAGAAGGGAUCGACAGAGGACGAGGUGGUUGGACAGUGUUCUCAAAGCUACUAACUAACAUGAGUUUGACCAAACUGUGGGAUGCAGUGGAAGACAGGAGUGCCUGGUGUGCUCUGGUCCAUGGGGGCACGAAGAGUCAGGCAUGACUAAAUGACUAAACAACAACAACACUAUUGAAGGCAGGUGGGAAGAAACAUUGCCUGAAAGAAGGAACAAGAUUGGGGGCAUGUAUAUUAAAAAAGAAGCAAAUUAUCUCAGAACUUCUGUCAUUACUACAAAGGCUGCUUUGCAUGUAAAAAAAGCAGAGGGGGUUGUGCUAUCACCGUCAGGAGAACCACCAGCAAUAGCUCAGUCAGUAGAGCAUGAGACUCUUAAUUUCAUAGUCAUAGGUUCGAGCCCCAUGUUUGGCAAAAGAUUUCUGUAUUACAGAGGUUGGACUAGAUGACCCUCAUGGUCCCUUCCAACUCAACAAUUCUAUUCUUCCCACUGCAAGGACACUCCCCUGCCCCCAGCAGUUCCUGGCUAGGAGACACCUAUCCUCAGGCCUGUGCAGAGCUUGUCUGAGACCCAGGGUGGGAGUCUUGUUCGAAUAAAGAACAAAAAAGCAGCUGGUCCCUGCUUAGCCCUCUGAGAGUUGGGGCAAGUGUACCUGGUCCCCAACCCUACUCUGCCUGUGCUCCAUCCUGAGAAAAGCCCAGCCACCCCUGUGGGUUGGGGUGGGCUGGCAGGCUGCUUCACAAUGUGUAAGCCUGGUCUGCUGCAUUUAAGGGUCCUCUUGCUUGUCCUGCUGAGUGGGCCCAAACUUCUGCCCCAAACUGCUAUCCCUGAUGGCACCCCUAGAAAACCAUUGCCAGGGAGAGUAUGCUGCAUAGAUCAAUGUCUGAUAGCAUCCAGUAGCUUCAUAUGCCCCAAGGAUGCUGGAACAACUGAUUCCCUGCCUAGGCAGAGGGCUGGACUUUGAGCUCCCUUUCCACCUCUGUGAUUUGAUUGAGAAAGGAUUCCUCUUGCAGUUUUGUAAAAGAGAAAAUGUCAUCCAGUGCUGCUCCUUCUGGAUGUACACCUGCCCAAAUUUGAAAGGAAAAUUAAAGUCCCAUUGCACCAGGUCACCCUAGAGCACGUGCUACCUUUCCAGCUGAUGGCUUGUACCAUCCUAGUUUCUUCUUCAUUAAAUCAAACACAAAACCUCAAUAUUUGCUCUUGAAUUCGCCAGCUCCGUUUGCAAAAUCGGCUGAAGCAGGGGGCAAGCAAUACUGGGCGUUUUAACUCCCUGCUUGCCCUGCCCUCGCUCCCUCCUCGCAUGCGGGCCCGUUGUUCUGCGCGCUGCUCCCAUUCUUCCCCGGUUCACGGAUCAAACUCUCGCCCCGAAGGGGUUAAACGGGAUUCUCUUCAGAAACGAUGAACGGCCCAUUGAACCAGGAAUGCCCAAUCUGCGAAGUGCUUGUGGUUGCGGGGGGGGGGGGGAGCGGGGAGGGAGACUUCCUUGUCCUUCUUUCACUCCUGCAGCCCCAGCUGCCUCCUCCAGCUCAUUUGAGGAGUUGUUUGAUUUGGCCUGAGUGAGAGAAAGAGAGAGGAGUUGAUGCAUUAUGGUCUUAGCUCUGCUCCGUGCACGAGAGAGCUAAGUUUGCAGAGAACACCGUCAAGAUGAGCGAGGCUUUCCUUAACCCAACAGAGGGGAAUGAAGCUCUCUGUAGCGGCUGGAUGUUAAGGUACUGGAAGCACGCGUGAGAUGGACGCGUAGCCUGGCUGGGUGCUGGCUCCUCUGGGCAGGUGCUGCUGGCUGGGUGCGCUGGCCGAGGAAAAUGAGUGUGAUGCUAUGGCGCUGGGAACAGAACAACAUGACCAUGAAGUUGAUUUAUACAGACUGGGCCAAUCACUAUUUAGCAAAAUCUGGUCAUAAACGUUUGAUAAAAGAUCUGCAACAAGAUGUGACUGAUGGGGUUUUACUGGCUGAAAUCAUCCAGGUAGUAGCAAAUGAGAAAAUCGAAGACAUCAAUGGCUGUCCAAAGAAUAGAUCUCAAAUGAUUGAAAAUAUAGAUGCGUGCCUGAGUUUUUUGGCUGCCAAAGGAAUAAACAUACAGGGACUGUCUGCAGAAGAAAUCAGGAAUGGGAAUUUAAAGGCUAUCUUAGGCCUUUUCUUCAGUCUGUCACGAUAUAAGCAGCAGCAACAGCAACCCCCUAAACAAGAUUCACAGCCCCACCCAUCCCAGCAACCUCCCACAUCACCCCAGCAAGUAAGGCCUCCAUCCCAGUGCCAAUUUGGGCUGCAAGAACAGCAAAUCCAACAAGAACAACAGCAGCAGCAGCAACCACAAUCUGUGCCAGCAUCACCCCAGUCUCAGUGCCAACAACCCCAGCAAGCACCACAUCCUCAGUUAAAAGCACAACCAGAAAUGCAGUCCAGACUUCCAGGUCCUACGCGAGUUUCAGCUGCAGGCAGCGAAGCAAAAACUCGUGGUUCAGUUAAUGCCAACAACCGGCGCAGCCAGAGCUUUAACAACUACGACAAAUCCAAACCCACAAGCCCACCAUCCCUUCUAUCAAAUAGCAAUGAGAAAGAGCCAGCAGACAAUUUAGCCUCUCAGCCUACAGGAAUGAAUGAAAAUGCACCACCUUCAACCCAAAGCAGCAGUAGCAACAACAUUGCCGGUUGCAAUAAUUCCUCAGCCAUCCCCCAGCCCAACUCUGCCGUUAAACCCUGGCGCAGCAAGUCACUCAGUGCCAAGCACACAGCUACGUCUUCCAUAUUAUCAGUAAAACAGCAGGUCCAGGAACCUCCAAAAUCCUCUCCAGAGAUGGUCAAACCAACUCCCAACGGUCAGAAAUCCAUGCUGGAAAAGCUGAAGCUUUUUAAUACAAAAGGAGGCUCCAAAGCAGGAGGGUCAUCCCUUGAAUGUCCGGGGUCUCGGGACACUAGUUGUGAAAGGCUAGAGGCCCUCCCUAGCUUUGAGGAAAGUGAAGAGAUUGAAGCUGCGAAUCGGAACGCAAACAACCCCACAUCAAACAGUCCCAAAAUUGCACUCAAGGGAAUUGCACAAAGAACGUUCAGUCGGGCACUGACCAAUAAGAAGAGUUCCCCAAAGGGCAAUGAGAAAGAAAAAGAGAAGCAGAAGGAUAAAGAAAAGGAAAAGGGCAAAGACGUUGCCAAGAGAAUAUCCGUAACCGAGAAAGCAGACGUGAAAGAGGAGCCGAAAGAAGAACUGAUCCCACCAGCUGCAACCGAGAUGCCAAAAAAAUCCUCCAAGAUCGCAAGCUUUAUCCCUAAAGGAGGAAAGCUAAACAGUGCCAAGAAGGAGGCACCUGCCCCUUCGCACAGUGGAAUACCAAAACCAGGGUUGAAAACCGCCACAGGGAAAUCCUCAAGUGCCCCAAGCUGUUCGGCAAAGGAUGGCGAGAGAAGCCGCAGUGGGAAGCCUGCCUCAGGCCUCUCUCACCAAAAGCCCCAGCUGGACGGCAGGAAUUCCAGUUCCACAUCAAGUUUGGCCUCCUCUGAAGGGAGAGGCAUUGGAGGGGUGCCUGCUCUGAGUACCAGUAGCAGUACCCAGGCUGUCAAUGGGCCCACAGGCAGUACCACACAGACCACAGGAAGCAAUACUGUGAGCGUUCAGCUACCUCAUCCACAACAGCAAUACAGCCACCCGAAUACUGCCACAGUAGCACCAUUCAUGUACAGAUCCCAGACAGACAAUGAAGGGAAUGUAACGGCUGAGCCCAGCACUGGAGGGAUGAGCACGAGCAUGGAUUCUGCUCCUUACACUAAAACUGCACAGCCUAUUUUAGAAGAUCUUUCUGGGGAAGAUCCAGAAGCUCGACGAUUGCGAACUGUCAAGAAUAUCGCUGAUCUUCGACAAAACUUGGAGGAAACCAUGUCAAGCUUAAGAGGGACCCAGGUUUCUCACAGCACCUUGGAAACUACCUUUGAUACCAAUGUCACCACUGAAAUAAGUGGACGCAGUAUUCUCAGUAUGACGGGAAGGCCGACACCCUUAUCAUGGAGACUUGGGCAGUCUAGUCCCCGCCUUCAGGCAGGUGAUGCUCCAUCAGUGGGCAAUGGAUAUCCUCCAAGAGCCAAUGCCAGCCGGUUCAUCAAUGCAGAAUCAGGGCGUUAUAUGUAUUCAGCUCCCUUAAGAAGACAGCUGGCAUCACGGGGCAGUAACGUUUGCCAUGUGGAUAUCACCGACAAAGGAGGCGAUGAAAUAGAUCUUGAAGGAAUCAACAUGGAUGCCACGGGUUACAUGAGUGACGGAGAUGUUCUGGGGAAAAAUAUAAGGACUGAUGAUAUUACAAGUGGGUACAUGACAGAUGGUGGAUUGGGCCUUUACACUCGAAGGCUAAACAGACUUCCGGAUGGGAUGGCUGCUGUACGGGAAACUCUGCAACGCAACACCUCGCUGGGAGUGGGGGAUGCAGACAGCUGGGAUGACAGCAGUUCUGUCAGCAGUGGGAUCAGUGACACCAUAGAUAACCUCAGCACCGAUGACAUUAACACAAGCUCCUCCAUCAGCUCCUAUGCCAACACACCUGCAUCCUCUCGUAAGAAUAUAGAUUCCCAGACUGAUGCUGAAAAGCAUUCCCAAGUGGAGCGGAAUUCCUUGUGGUCUGGCGACGAAAUCAAGAAAUCCGAUGGUGGCUCAGACAGUGGUGUGAAGAUGGAGCCUGGGUCUAAAUGGAGAAGGAAUCCCUCUGAUGUGUCUGAUGAAUCUGAUAAAAGCAAUUCUGGGAGGAAGAACACAGUCAUUUCGCAGACGGGUUCCUGGAGACGGGGCAUGUCAGCUCAGGUUGGCAUUACCACACCAAGGACAAAAGCGGCAGCCACCUCAGGAACUUUGAAGACACCUGGAACAGGAAAAACUGAUGAUGCCAAGGUAUCAGAAAAGGGUAGAAUUUCUCCCAAAUCUGGACACAUUAAACGUUCCCCAUCAGAUGCAGGACGGAGCAGUGGUGAUGAAUCAAAGAAACCUUCUACAAAUAACUCUAGAACAGCUGCUCCUAACACAAAUGCAUUUGGUUUUAAAAAACAGAGCGGGUCAGCUGUAGGCAUUACUAUAAUAACAGCUAGUGGGGCAACUAUCACUAGUAGAUCAGCUACUCUGGGCAAAAUCCCCAAGUCAUCGGGACUUAUGGGAAGGUCUACUGGUCGGAAGACUAGUGUUGAUGGCUCGCAGAAUCAGGACGAUGGUUACUUAGCCAUUAGUACUCGAAGCAAUCUUCAGUACCGGAGUUUACCCAGGCCCAGCAAAUCCAGCAGCAGAUGUGGAGCUGGCAAUAGAUCUAGCACCAGCAGCAUAGAUUCCAACAUAAGUAGCAAGUCAGCAGGCUUGCCUGUUCCUAAAAUGAGAGAGCCAGCCAAAGUUGCCCUUGGGAGCUCUCUGCCAGGUUUAGUCAACCAAACAGAUAAAGAGAAAGGGAUCUCAUCGGACAACGAAAGUGUAAUCUCUUGUAAUUCUGUUAAAAUGAACCCAGCAUCUCAGCCGGCUUCAAGUGCAUCCCAGAGUGCUCACCAGCAAGGAGUCAAGUACCCAGAUGUAGCCUCCCCUACCUUGCGCAGACUUUUUGGUGGAAAGCCAAGUAAACAAGCUCCCAUCACAACUGCAGAAAGCAUGAAAAAUUCAGUGGUCAUCUCCAACCCACAUGCAACCAUGAACCAACAGGGGAACCUGGAUUCUCCUUCUGGCAGUGGCAUACUGAGCAGCGGUGGUAGUAGUCCCCUUUAUAGCAAGAAUGCAGACAUGAACCAGUCUCCAUUAGCUUCUAGUCCCAGUUCAGCUCAUUCGGCUCCUUCCAACAGCUUAACCUGGGGCACAAAUGCCAGUAGUUCUUCUGCUGUUAGCAAGGAUGGGAUUGGAUACCAGUCUGUUAGCAGCCUGCACACCAGUUGUGAAUCCAUUGAUAUUUCACUCAGCAGUGGAGGUGGCCUGAGCCACAACUCGUCCAGUGGCUUGAUUGCAGCUUCUAAAGACGACUCGCUAACUCCCUUUGUUAGAACCAACAGUGUAAAGACAACAUUGUCAGAGAGCCCUCUCUCUUCCCCUGCUGCUAGUCCCAAAUUCUGCAGAAAUACUUUACCCAGGAGGCAGGACAGUGACCCUCAUCUUGAUAGGAACACUUUGCCUAAGAAAGGACUCAGGUAUACUCCUUCAUCGCAACUUCGCAGUCAAGAAGAAGCAAAAGAAUGGCUGCGUUCACACUCUGCAGGAGGACUUCAGGAUACGGUUGUCAGUUCUCCAUUUUCCUCUGGUUCCAGCAUCACAUCACCUUCCGGAACUAGAUUUAACUUCUCCCAACUGGCAAGCCCCACCACAGCAUCCCAGAUGAGCUUGUCAAACCCAACCAUGCUACGGACGCACAGUCUUUCUAAUGCGGAUGGCCCUUAUGAUCCUUACAGUGACACCCGGUUCCGGAACAGCUCAAUGUCACUGGAUGAAAAGAGUAGGACAAUGAGCCGUUCGGGGUCAUUCCGGGAUGGCUUUGAAGAGGUGCAUGGAUCCUCUCUCUCUUUGGUUUCAAGUACAUCAUCUAUUUACUCAACGCCUGAAGAGAAAUGUCAGUCAGAGAUUCGCAAGCUAAGGAGGGAGUUGGAUGCAUCCCAAGAGAAAGUCUCGGCUCUGACAACACAGUUGACUGCCAAUGCUCACCUCGUGGCAGCAUUUGAACAGAGCUUAGGAAAUAUGACCAUUAGACUACAAAGCCUUACCAUGACAGCAGAACAGAAGGAUUCAGAACUGAAUGAGUUAAGAAAAACUAUUGAACUACUGAAAAAACAAAACGCUGCUGCUCAGGCUGCCAUAAAUGGUGUAAUUAACACACCUGAGCUCGCCUGCAAAGGAAGUGGGACUGCACAAACCACUGAUUUGCGGAUCCGGAGGCAGCACUCCUCAGACAGUGUCUCUAGCAUUAACAGUGCAACCAGCCAUUCCAGUGUGGGAAGCAACAUAGAAUGUGACUCCAAGAAAAAGAAAAGAAAGAACUGGUUGCGUAGUUCCUUCAAACAAGCAUUUGGUAAAAAGAAGUCACCCAAGUCAGCAUCUUCUCAUUCAGAUAUUGAGGAGAUGACGGAUUAUUCCCUGCCUUCAUCGCCAAAACUGCAUCACAAUGGCUCAGUUGUCUCUACGCCAUUACUGAGAACGUCCCAUUCCAAUUCACUGAUUUCAGAAUGUAUCGAUAGUGAAGCGGAAACGGUCAUGCAGUUGCGAAAUGAGCUGAGAGACAAAGAGAUGAAGCUAACCGAUAUCCGUUUGGAGGCCCUCAGCUCCGCCCACCAACUUGACCAACUUCGGGAAGCUAUGAACAGAAUGCAGAGUGAGAUCGAGAAACUAAAAGCAGAAAAUGACCGGCUGAAGUCGGAAAAUCAAGGCAGCUGCAGCAGGGCCCAAUCUCAGGUUUCCAUUUCAUCUUCUCCAAGGCAGUCCAUGGGUCUUUCCCAGCACAGCCUGAACCUCACAGAGUCAGCGAGUCUUGACAUGCUGUUGGAUGACCCCAGCGAUGGUUCUUCUCGAAAAGAAGGUGGCAGGCAUGUCAAAAUAGUUGUCAGUUUUCAGGAUGAAGUUAAAUGGAGAGAAGAUUCCAGGCCGCGCCUCUUCCUUAUAGGCUGCAUAGGCGUCAGUGGAAAGACCAAAUGGGAUGUUCUUGAUGGCGUUGUUAGAAGGCUGUUUAAGGAAUACAUCAUUCACGUUGAUCCUGCGAGUCAGCUAGGGUUGAACUCAGACAGCGUCCUGGGAUACAGCAUUGGGGAAAUCGUUCGCAAAAAUAGCAUGGAGACACCUGAGCUGCUUCCCUGUGGCUAUCUGGUUGGUGAAAACAAUACCAUAUCGGUGACUAUCAAAGGGAUUGCAGAGAAUAGUUUGGACUGCCUGGUCUUUGAGUCCCUGAUCCCCAAGCCUAUUCUGCAGCGCUAUGUGUCACUCUUAAUGGAGCACAGGAGAAUCAUCUUAUCUGGCCCAAGUGGCACAGGAAAGAGCUACCUAGCCAAUCGUCUGUCAGAGUACAUGGUCCUUAGAGAGGGCAGGGAGCUGGCUGAUGGUGCUAUUGCAACAUUUAACGUGGAUCACAAGUCCAGUAAGGAACUCCGCCAAUACCUCUCCCACCUUGCUGACCAAUGUAAUAGUGAAAACAAUGCCGUGGAGAUGCCUCUUGUGAUCAUCCUGGACAACUUGCACCAUGUCAGCUCCCUGGGAGAGAUCUUCAAUGGGCUCUUGAACUGCAAGUACCACAAAUGUCCCUACAUUAUUGGAACUAUGAACCAGGCAACUUCCUCUACACCAAACCUUCAGCUCCACCACAACUUCAGAUGGGUGCUGUGUGCCAACCACACUGAGCCAGUCAAGGGCUUUCUUGGCCGUUUCUUGAGAAGAAAGCUCAUUGAAACAGAGAUUGGUGGCCGUAUGAGAAAUGCGGAACUAAUUAAAAUUAUAGACUGGAUUCCCAAAGUCUGGCAGCAUCUCAACAAGUUCUUAGAGGCCCACAGCUCUUCAGAUGUUACUAUUGGUCCACGACUCUUCCUCUCCUGCCCUAUUGAUGUUGACGGUUCUAGGGUGUGGUUUACUGACCUGUGGAACUACUCUAUUGUUCCCUACCUUCUUGAGGCUGUCAGAGAAGGGCUACAGUUGUAUGGAAGAAGAGCACCAUGGGAAGACCCUGCCAAAUGGGUAAUGGACACUUACCCAUGGGCAGCCACCCCACAACACCACGAAUGGCCUCCUUUGCUGCAACUGCGGCCAGAAGAUGUUGGAUUUGAUGGGUACUCCAUGCCUCGGGAAGGUUCAACCAGCAAGCAAGUUCCACCUAGUGAUGCCGAAGGAGAUCCUCUGAUGAACAUGCUGAUGAGAUUGCAGGAAGCAGCUAACUAUUCAAGCCCGCAGAGUUACGACAGUGACUCCAACAGCAAUAGCCAUCACGACGACAUCCUCGAUUCAUCUCUGGAAUCAACAUUAUGAUGCGAAAAUAGCAGAAGUGGGUUAUUUCCCAUGGUCCACCUCCUGCCUUGCUUAGAAGACAUAAUCACCAAACCAUGAAGAUCACUGGUCUUUAGUCCAGCUGGACAUCCCAGUAUUAGAGCUGCAAGAACAAUAGACACUCUAUUCCGCCCCUUCUGUUUCUCCCCCAACCACCCCCUUUUCAGUCUCAAAUAUGGGUGCAGGCAACCCAGUUGAUGUUUUUGUAUUGUGUUUUUAUUUUCCUUGAUAAUUAGAACUGCACUACUAUGUUUUUAUUCUUUUCAACAUUGCUGUGAGCUCACAUGCCUAAGACACUGAAUAUUUUUCCCCAUACCAACAAUUACAUUAGUCAUAGUAAUUUGUGGUGGGCGUGGGGGAAGAAGGAACAAAAAAAUGCUCACCUACAAAGCUAUGAAGUGGAAGAGCUUUGUGCCAUGUACUGUCCAGAAAGGGAGGAAAGGGAGUGGAUCUUGCCUAUGCUGCUUCUGACCAAACUCAUUCAGUAUUUGCUGAACUUAAACAUCAUCUUUCAGUCUAACCUCAUCUACAGAUAGUUCUGGUGCUAUAAAAUAUUUGCUUGCCUUGAUAAUGUUUCACAAAAGGCAAAGAGCUGAGAAACAGGGAAAACGCACACGCACACAUACACACACAAAAUUAAUUAUGGGUGUCCUCUAGUUGGAGAUCUGGCUUUCUAUGUUUAUGUAUUUGGUUUUCUUUAUAUAGGUGCAGAUGUGAGGCUUAAUACACCCUGAACACAGAUGUUGCACAUCAUUUGCUACUUUUCAGUGGAGCCAUGAACCUUUGAGCCACAGCAGCAUGUUGUGGACUAUGACCAUUUUGGCCAGGAUUCAAAGUAAUGCGUAGGAAAACAAACAUACCCAAAGCCUGUGUUUUACUUCCACUUUUUGCUUCAGCAGUUGUCACUGCUGAAAAGGCAAGUGGCUUUUAAAACUAGAUUGCAGCUUGUCUUGUCAGGAAUAGGAUCUGCAUCAGGGAAAAUUGGAAGCAUCACUCCAGUGUGGAUUUCAUCACCCAUGGAUGCACAUCCCUUCUUUGCAUAGCUGCCCAUACCUGAAAGGUGAAAACACGCUUAAUGAACACAAUUCCGGUUUUAGUUACACUGUUACUUAACCCAAACAUUUACCAAAAUUUUGAGGCAGCAAUUGUUUGGCCUUCACACUGCCCAAGUACAAUUUUUAACACUUCAUCCUCACGCCACAAAAUAAACUAUUUUUGAAAUGUCCUCAUUUUCAAAAGCCACUUGUCAUGAGGAAUGAGAAUCCACUGUUUUUCAGAACAACAACUCUAAAGCCUAUUUGGACUUGUUAAAUCAUUUUUAUUAAGUCAGGUCUUGAGUAAAGGAGAACUGUGUCUUUAAAUAUUUUGUUUGUUUGUUUGAAGGGUCGUGUUUUUGAACCUAUCUGGUUCUCAGAUUCUCCUUUUCCUCCUUGGCCAAACGCACAGAGUAAAGAUUCGUGUUUUUUUAAUUUUUUAAAAAAUAUCUUGGUGCUUCUUCUGAGGAACAAGAACACCUCACAAAGAAUUGCACUCUGGUUUGUGUUUUUCUGUUUGAAAUAUACAACAACUAGUCAGCUGUCUCAGGCUGUACCAUAGCUAGAGCCACAGUAAACACACACACACACACACACACACACACACACACACACACACACACACCUUUUCAGCUACCUGUAUCUUUGGGUGCUGAUUUUUUUUAAAGUGAUGCCUUACUUUCUACUAAUUGUGUUUUAAUUCCAUUAGUGCUGCAUAUGAUGGGGGUUUUUUAUUUAAACAAAACAGGGCUAUAGGAGUCAUCUCUUGGAGUACAAUUAUGUGAGUUGCUGUGAAUACUGUUUGUAAUAAGAUAAUUGAGAUUUCUUCUGUUUUUUUUUUAAAAUGUGACAAUAACUAAAAGAGUGAAAAAAAUAAGAGAGGCAGAGGGCUUUUCAGAAUGUCCAUAUCAACUUACAGCUAACAGUUCAUUGGACAGAUGUUUAUCUAAUGGAGGCAAAAACAAAUAUUCUAGGAUGCUGUACAGCAUCACUGCUAGAAUCUUUUGUUUUGUUUUAGAACAUGCAGGUUAGAUGUUUGUCACCAUUUUGAAAAGAAAGGGUUAAAUCUUUGUAGGGUUAAUAUGAUGCAGCAGACACAAGAGCCCUCUUCAGACAUUAUAAAUGUCAAAGUGUAUAGGACAGUCUUCAGCAACCUGGUGCCCUCCAGAAGGUUCAGAGGGCACCAGGCUGGCAAAGGGCAAUGUAAGCGCUCUCGCCCCACUUCCAACCUUCUUGUGUUGAGCAGCAAGGUAUAUAGGGGGCUUGUAAAUGGAUACCCCUGAGCAUAUUUACAAGCCUCUCUGCAAUCAGGAACCCCAGUUGUGCAGAGGUUUGUCAGCAAGUUCAGGUGAGCAAACUUACAAUCCCACUUCAGUCCUUGCCAUUCAACACAGCAAAGUCGGGUGGAGGGGAGCAGGACCGAUACACAGUGUUCCCUGCCUCAGAGGCAUCCAGAACCUGGUGGUCCAGCAAUGAAACUGCUAGCACAUUUGCAAAGCUAAGCAGGAUCCGCUAUGAUUUCAAAUUGGAUGGGAGACCACAUCUUGAGAUUCCUGCAAUGAAGAGGGCAUUCAGAGUCUCUUCCAUCUCUACAAUUCUAAUUAUCACCUGUGAGUCUAACUUUGUAAUGCCUGAAGAGGACAAAGGUUAUGCUACCAUGUCUUAUGAAAGAGUAAGGGUUUUUUUUAUUAUACCUCAUAACUUUCUGCUUUUGGUGACGUGUGAAUUUAAUCUGUUGUGUUUUGGAGUUUUUUUGUGAACUUGCUCCCAUUAUGUUUUUCUAGAACUAAUGGCCUGUUGGAACAGUUGAACCAAAAUUGCUUGAGUGUUUCAUCAUAACAAGAUAGAAGGAGGCUACUUAGCUAACCUUCUUAAUUCUCACCUGGUUGCUGAAAAUGGGCCACAGUGAUCCAUAGCCCUAAGCAGAUCCAUCUAACAUGCUGGAAAGAGCUAGUUUUUAAGCUCCCUGCUUCCUAGAACCUCUUGCGGGACAGAUUUGAAAGGUUCUCCCAGGUCAAAAAUUCCCUUCAUAUGGAAAUUAUCAUUCUAGAAAAUGAUUCUUUGCCUUCUCCCUGAAGUGCUAUCUUUCCACUUGCAGGUUUUUUUAAAAACAAAAACCAAGAACCAGCAUUAAAAUAGGAGAUCCAUGUACAUUUUGAAUGGUAUAAUCCCAGGAAAUUUGUACUGCAUGCCUUUUAUAAAUGUUUGAAUAGAUUCAUCAUACCCAACAUUGAACACAGUCUGGACUUCUUUCAGCAUAGCACUUUCCUUCAUAGGAAUAUGUGUUGUGCUCCGUUGAAAUAAUUUUGAAGGAAAAAGAAGUUUAGAGGAAGACCACUUGCAUUAGGAAAGACCCAUCUGUGUCCCAUUGGAGAUUGGUUUCUACAUUGCAUGUUUUUAAGCAGGUUCUGUUUCGCACCCCAUGGAUGUUGUAGUUGGGAGACCCAUACAUCUGGAGUCUUGCAGAGCUCCUAAAUUCAUACCCUGACUUGCAUGAUUCAGUAGCAACCACACACCCCAGCCUGGAACCCAGAACUUGCCUAGAAGGAGAUGCGCUUCAUACGGGCAAUAUAUUUUGUUGUAUAUGUGAGGCUUGUCCCCAAGUGCAGGAUUUACAAAAUAGGGGAAGAUUCACCUAAGUUGCUGUGUACAAUGAAUGAGGUCUGCUCGUGCAAAGGGACCUUCCUCCCUCUGCACCACAUAAAUCUGUUCUGGAGGGUUGAGGGAAACCAUAGAACAGGUUUGUAGGGUACGGGGGAGAGAAGAAGAAAUCUAAUUGUGCAAGCAAACCUCGUUCCCUGUGCACAAUGUUGAAGUCCACCCCAAGUGAUGAUAUAGUGCAGGUUGGAGUGAGGCAUUGUACCUGUGUGGCAAGAUCUGCAUGGAGCUGUGUAGCAUGAGUGAAUCCCAACUGCCAUGCUUUUAGCAUGCAACAUUUUAAAGUCUUGCUGAGAGCAUCAUUGCCACAUAGUUAAUUGUGCCAAGAAAAGUAUGCCCUAGCAGAGUUCCCAUCAUCUCCUGCCUUUUCUCUGCUAAAAACAGGGAUCCUGUUUAAAGUAAACCAACCAAUGAGGGCUUCUUCCCUAGCCAAUGGGAGUUUUCCCCCCCUGUGGGAACUCUGGAAUAGGGUUCUUGAUGUGUGCAUGCACAGGCUCAUAAGAUACAUUCAAGGAUUCUGUUCACCCUACCCAAUAUGGAAACUGGCCUGAGGAAUAAAUGUAUUGUGUAUAAAUCUAGGUUAACAGUGUUUAUUACAGUUGUGCCCCAGUGGCUAGAUUAUACAAUUUGAUUCCCAACCACCACCCCUUGUAUCUGUUUGGAAUUGACAUUUUAGAGUUUGCUCAUUUGUCAUUUCCAGUCAAGUCGCCUCCUCUGCAAAGUGGUUUCUGUGAAGGUACAAUGUGUGAAUAACAACACAUUAACAACUUUACCCUGUUGCCCAAGUCCAGAGACUUUCUUAUAAAAGUGCCACAAAUUUAUCCUGAUGCAGUGAUUCCAUGCAUGUUUCUGCUGUCUGGUCCAUUUCAAAGGAAAGAGCAACUCUUCAUAUGUGGAAAGCAAAAACCGCAUAUGGAGCUGAUCUCUCCAGCGAAAUGUGUGGAGAAAAAUUAUUUAGCCGAAGGCUUUGUUGUCCGGCCAGACUGAAUUGGGAGCAUUGAGAUUUCACAAACAUCAAGACACACAAGAAUUAUUUGCAGGAAUGAUGUGGCUGGGGAAAGCAGUAUGUGGGAUCUCGAAUGACAUCAGAUAUAUAGCCUAUUUGACUCCCUUUACAAAAUCUCUAUGCUGGGUAUUCAGGUUUUUUUCCUUUCCUGCAUAUCCUGUUGCAAUGAACAGGAAAGUAAUUCUAUCUUUUUAUUCCCAUUGUUUGUGUCACUGAAAAAUAAUUUACAUAGAGCAACUUCAGUAUCCUUUCUGAAACUUCGGGAUUCAGGGUUACCUGUUGUGCACAUUUCUUACCUACCGGUAGCUCUUCUUUUCAACAUUGAUAAAUAAAAAUUCUUUCCCUUUGUAGAAUGAUGAAAUACUUCAUCUGAGUUGCUUCCAGUUUUGCCUUCCCUCAACCUGCCCCACAAAUUGGAAUUACUUCUUGUUUUUAGUGCAAGACUCUAUGCAACAUUCGUGUUUUGUUAUAAAUUGGAAGCAUGCAAAAUAUUUCUUUCCUUCAUAACUGUCAAGAAUUGUACAAGUCAUAUAUUGGAUUUCUUUUUUUUUAGGGUGAUGGUGCAGAAACAGGGAGGGGUUGGUUAGUUCCUCCUCCUUUUUGGUAUAUUUUGAAGAGACAAAUGAACCCCUUACAAUAUUGCAUUGGUGAUGCUGACAUUUUUGAUAUUCUGUGUCUUGAAACUUGUCUAAAUGUGACAAUUCCCUUUUAAGGAAAAGGAGAGGGGGGGGGAAACACAUGGAAAAAUUGUGGAGAUUAAAUGGAAGGUUGCUGUUUUGAUCUAGUUGUUUCCAGUGGAACCAUUUAUGAGAAAAGUUCUCUUUUAAGAUGUACAUUUUUUUUCAUUGUAACAUAGAACUGUAAAUAUUUGAUUACAAGUGCUGCAUUUUGAUGAAUUUUUUCUAGCCAUUUUUAAAGAGAAAAACUAGGAAUUGAGUAUUUUGUGUACAGUAUGAUGUUUACCUCCACCCUACCACCCCUAUUUAAUUUUCUGUUACCAUUUAGGAUUGGAAUCUGCCGUUGGUCUGUUUUGGACCAUGCCUCCCUCUGGCCUGCCCUUCUCACCCCUGUCCUGUGUCAUGGAGAAUAAAGCUAAUGAUUGUACCAGU